GCUCUAUCAAUCGAAUCAGGUCGACUAACAUUCGAAUUUCGGCGUGCAGGCAAACUACUUGUGUACGUCUCCAGCUCCAUGGGAUACCGGUACAUGAUACCAUGAUACCACAGCCCUGGGGUCCUUUACCGGUAACUAUCUCUGCCACCUGCUCUCCAGUGUCCAGUGUCCAGUGCCCGCCCACCACUCAGGCACCUAACAUCAAGUUUCACCCAUCGGAUAGAGCCGAUACCAGAUAUCUACAUACCAGGUUUCGUGCUAUCAUCCUGUACCGUGGAUCACCAAUGUUACUAUCUCUCCUGCACCUUUGUCCUCCUUCCAUCCUUUCUUCCUUCCUUCCAUUCUUCCUUUAUACUCAACCACGUGCCUUCCACCACCACCACACUCCACCCAACCCAAUUUUCCGACUCCAGCGAUGCCUCCCUCUUCCCAAACAGAAGGAGUUGCCCGUCGCCGAGCCCAAACUUCAACCUUCAACCUUCAAACUUCAAAAUCCGAAACUUCAAACCCCGAAACGGGUGAAUCGCCUGCGAAAAGUGGCGUGCAGAAGAUCAACGGCUGCAGCCUGCAGGACACACGUGUGCCCAGUGGGAGGGUGUGGCGGCAAAAAUGAACAUCCGCUGGUAGCCGCCACGCCAUGACGAGUCGGCGACCUUGGUCCUUGGUGAUGGUGAGGUGAUGGUGAGCUGCCACGGUCCACGGAUGAGAGUGGGGUUUGUUUUUCUCGAUGCUCCGAACGAGAUAGAGACUCGAGAGGUCUUGGGGCUUCCUGAGCAUGAUACCGUAGAAAGUACAUCGUGGAUAAGGAGAAAUGCUGUCUAUCUGGCCCCGAUCUCUCUCGGCGGAAAUAAUUGCCGUGAGCUCGAGAUCCGAAGCUGGGAUGUCCAAACUUCGAACUUCCAAGAAUAUGGAUACCGAUACCGAUAGUUAUCUUUGCGAUUCUAAAAUCGAAAUCCCUUCC